GCAGUCGAGCCGGGCGCCCCCCAGCGGCCAUUCUCCGCCAGAGCCGGGAAAGCGGCGCCGCUGUCGAGGGGCGCAGAAGUUGGCUUCGCCCCUCGACUGUGCGGCGCGCUCCCUCCACCCCACCUCCCCUUUUCCUGCCUCCGUCCGCACGUGGCUGGUGGGGGGAGACCCCCUGCCUUCUCCGCCCACCCCUCUCCCUCUCCCCCUCCGCUUAGCCGGGCGGACGCUGCUGCGGGCUGCGCAUUCCUGGCCGCCCCCCCGGGGAGGGAGCCGAGGCACUGAAAGGCUCGCUUAUGCGCGGCGCAGACACUGCCCGAUUCAUCCGCGCCUCGCCUCUGCCUCCCGCUCGCUCGCUCCGCCAGCGCCAUGAAGCUCCUGCCGCCUUCUCUGGUCGCCUUCGCGGCGCUGCUGCUGCUGCUGGGGGUGCUGUCGGCGAGCCCCCCGGCCGGCCUGGCCGAGACCCCCAAAGGCAAGCAGAAGGCGCUUCGCCAGAGGGAGGUGGUGGACGUGUAUAAUGGGAUGUGUUUGCAAGGACCUAAUGGUGUUCCUGGAAGAGAUGGAAACCCUGGUGUCAAUGGAAUUCCUGGAACACCUGGGAUCCCGGGUCGAGAUGGACUAAAAGGAGAAAAAGGAGAAUGCAUGAGAGAAAGCUUUGAGGAGUCUUGGACACCCAACUACAAACAGUGUUCAUGGAGUGCUCUGAACUAUGGCAUAGACCUUGGAAAAAUUGCAGAGUGCACAUUCACAAAGAUGCGCAGCAACAGUGCUUUAAGAGUCCUCUUCACUGGAUCACUUAGACUCAAAUGCAGAAACGCUUGUUGCCAGAGAUGGUAUUUUACAUUUAAUGGAGCUGAAUGCUCUGGGCCACUUCCCAUCGAAGCUAUAAUUUAUUUAGAUCAAGGAAGUCCAGAAUUAAAUUCCACCAUUAACAUACACCGCACUUCUUCAGUGGAAGGGCUAUGUGAAGGGAUCAGCGCUGGCCUGGUGGAUAUUGCUGUUUGGGUUGGUACUUGUUCCGAUUACCCACCUGGAGAUGCUUCCACUGGAUGGAACUCAGUCUCUCGCAUCAUUAUAGAAGAACUGCCAAAAUAGAGCUCUCUCAAAGAUUCUCUCCCCCCUUUGACCACUUAUAUUUCAUACCUUACAUAUUAACUCCAUGCUUUAAAUCUAUAGUUUUCUAUGUUAUCAAAGUACUUGACUAUAACGCACAAGCUUGUUCUACAGAAAGUAUCUGUAACCAAUGGAUUUCUUUUUUUUUAAGUAUAGUUUAUGGGUUUCUACACUUUCUGGAUUUAUGUACUACUUUUGUACAAUUUGUAGACAAUUCUUACAUUUGUUAAUAAAGACAAUCUUUUAGAAGUA